AUGGCAGUGAUCACGUACCUCGAAGCAACGAGCAGUAUGAAUCCCUUCACCGCCGCCCUCCCCCUCCUUCUCCUCCUCCUCCUUCCCCAAGAUUUCCAGGCCGUUGCCGCCGAUGAUUCCCUGGUCAGGGACACAUGCAUGCGCGCUGCCAACGUCUCCAUAGGCCACGUGGACUUCGAGUCCUGCGUGGAAGCUCUGCAGUCGGACCCGGCCACACCCGGCGCCACCGACGCCCGGGGCCUCGCGCUCAUAUCCGCCAACCUGACGCUGACCAACGUCACCCGCACGAUCUACCUCACCGAGACCUGGGUCCAGUACAUGAACCUCUGCCAGGGGAUCUACACGGAUAUGAGCGCCAACGUGACGGACGCCAUGAGGACGCUGGAAGCGGGGGACCUGGCCGGCGCCGUCAGAAAGAUGGAUUGGGCCGCGAUACAGCCGAACGAGUGCGACCUUGUGAUGUUCCAGGGCGACGGCAGCUCUGACUGGGGAGCCAACCCCUUGUCGUAUCAGGAUAAUUACGCCGCGUUCUUGUCUUCCACCGCUUUGGCCAUUUUACGCUCCAUGUCAGUGAUCACCGCCGAUGAUUCCCUGGUCAGGGACACAUGCAUGCGCGCUGCCAACGACUCCCACGUGGACUUCGAGUCCUGCGUGGAAGCUCUGGAGUCGGACCCGGCCACCGCCGGCCCCACCGACGUCCGGGGCCUCGCGCUCAUAUCCGCCAACCUGACGCUGACCAACCUCACCCGCACGAUCUACCUCGCCAAGACCUGGGUCCACUACCUGACCCUCUGCCAGAAGAUCUACACAGAUAUGAGCGCCAACGUGACGGACGCCAUUAGGACGCUGGAAGCGGGGGACCUGGCCGGCGCCGUCAGCAAGAUGGAUUGGGCCGCGAUGCAGCCGAGCGAGUGCGACCUUCUGAUGUUCCAGGGCGACGGAAGCUCUGACUGGGGAGCCAACCCCUUGUCGCAUCAGGAUAAUUACGCCGCGUUGUUGGCUUUCACCGCUUUGGCCAUUUUACGCUCCCUAAAUUGA